UUGGUAGAAAGUGAAAGUGAAAGUGAACAUGUCGUAACAGAUGAAGGUUGUGUCGGUGUUGUGUGGACUCGUCAGACGGCUGUUGAUCAUGAGCUGGUUCACCUCCAGCACACUUUACUCCGUGAUCGAGAGGUUGUGGAGGCUUUUGGGGUCUUUAUGGCGCUGCGUGAGGAAGAGGAUGAGAGGGUUAGUCGGGUUCGCGUUUCUGUCGCUAGUCUGGAGGAAAGAUCCAGGAAGUCAGGGAGAGCCUGAGAUAAACAACCAAGACAAACUCACAGAGAGAAGCAGCUCAGAUCAGGUCCAGCAGGAGGGCCAGGUCCAGGAGUCUCCCAGUGAGGGUCAACAUGAGGCCACCUCGAAGAGGACCGCAGAGACCAACCAGGAGCUGACCUGCAAGCGUCCCAGGAUUGAGGAAGAGGAUGAAGAAGAGUCUGACAGCGAGGAAGACUACCGAGUUGAAACCACAGAUGAGUUGUACUGCGACUAUGACUCCACCUGGGACACCAUGGAGCAGCAGGAGGACACAUCCAGGUGGACCAGAGGACCAGCACCCUCCAGACAUUACAAGUUCAGCAGAUUUGAAAGUUCCGCAAGAGACAUGCAGAACUACAGGCAUGGCUAUCCUUCCCAGAUGAGGAUGCAACGCAGGAAGCCAGUAUCUGACAACAAGCCUAAUUUGAAGUUCUACCUCGGAGAGACGCCCUCUUUGCCUGACGAUGUCUAUAUACACAAUUUCCACAACAACUGGUAUCAAGACUAUGACAGCCUGGAGUAUGUACACUCCUACAUUCAAUGGUUGUUCCCUCUGCAGGAGCCAGGCAUGAACUAUGAGGCCAGUCCACUGACAAAAGAAGAGAUAGAGGAGUUUCUUGAAAACAGCACCGCCAAGGCGAACCUGUUGAAGUCGUACAAGCUCAUGUUGGACUUCUACGGGAUCCAGUUGUGUGAUGAAGAAACAGGAAAAGUCGAGAGAGCAUCAAACUGGAGAGACAGGUUCAACAACCUCAACAGUCACACUCAUAACAACCUGCGCAUCACCCGCAUCCUGAAGUGCCAGGGGACCCUGGGGUUCUCUCACUACCAAGCCCCUCUGGUCCGCUUCUUCCUGGAGGAGACGCUCGUCAACGGACAACUCCCGAAUGUCAAGGACAGCGUCCUCAACUACUUCCUUUUCGCUGUCCUCGACAAGACGCAACGCAGGAGUCUCAUCAAGUAUGCCUAUUCGAAGUAUGACCGUAAAGAUGAGUUCGUGUGGUGCCCAAAGAAGAUUCAGAUGAUGUGGUCGAGGCGGUCAGAGGCCGAGCAACAACAGGGAGUGAAAGGCAACAAAGAUGUUUGUGAGCUAGAUAUGAAUCUUUUUAGUGAUGACGAUGAAGAUUUAACCGAAGACGAAGACAAGGAAUAUUAAGCUGCCAAAGCUUAAUCUGUCACUGUGCCUGAAAAAGCCUUGUUUUAUAUAUAUUUGGUUUUACAGUAGUUUUAGUUUGUUUUUGUUAGGUUCAGGUAUAUAAUGUCUCAAAAGUAUGUAGCUAUAUACGUACAACAUACAACUGAACUCUGUAGGAAUGGCCAUAAUGUUUAAUAUUUGCGAAACAUUGACUUAGGAACUGUUCAUCUGUAAUGUUUUCUUAAAUUAGGUCCUAACCCUAAUUACCAUGGUUACCAAACAGUUAAGAUAGAAUCUGCAAGUUUAAAAAGUUUCUGUAAUACGGCCCCUGGACUUUUAUUAUUAUAAUUUUAUUCAGUUAUAUUCUUAUUUGACUUUCACAAACUAAAAGGUGCAAUAUUUCCCGACAGGGUAGAUAUGUUUUAAUCAGAAAAAGAUCAAAUGUAAUAAAAGGGCUAAUGUUAUAGUGUGUAUAAGCAGGACUAAUCAAGAAUUGUAAUAAUUGCUCACCGGUUUGACUGUGGUUAAUAAACCUGUCUUUCUAUUGCCUAA